UAUGGCACAACUGAGGAUAAAGAAUAUCGUUAUGGUUAUAAUUUCACAUUUAAUACAAGUUAUACAGGCCUGAAUACUUCAAUACUGACCUUUAAUCUUAAUCAGUCUGAGAGUGUACGCAUUACGUGUGCAGAUUCAAAAGAUACUGAUACAAAGGACACAACAGUUACUGAAUUAGGUUAUUAUGCAAAAGCACCAACAAACUUAACAUCAGCCUUCAAUGCAAGUGGAGUUACUUUAGAAUGGAAGGACACUGGGAAUAACUGUACUAAUUUUACUGAGUAUCAAGUGACUGUUAUUAGUUGUUCAUGUACAUCAACCAGUGUAUUGAUGUAUAAUACUACUGAAACAGCCUUACACAUAAACUCAAGUGAUUUAUUUAAAAAUGCAGUCUAUACAUACACUGUUAGAGGAUGGAAUGAACAGGAAAGUAACAACAGUGAACCAUUCACACUUGCUCCCAUUGAAGUGAUGAGUGUUACAAUAGCUACUACUAAUACUACUGAUCCUUGUAAGAAUAAUAGUUGCUGUGCUAAUGUUACACUGAAUAUAAUACUGGCAUUAUCAAAUGUAGAUUUUAUGCAUCCAAAUCAGUACUACAAUAUAUCUUUAUACAAUUCCAAUACUGGGGUAUUAUUAUUAUUAUAUGAAAUAAAUGAAACAGAAUGGACUGGAUCAGGAUUAAAAUACAAUGAGACUUAUUGCUUUACAGUCACACCAAUGAAUAAUUUUAGCACAGGAAUGUCAAUAAAUAUUGACACAUCAACUACUGAAUACCAAUGUCAACCACCAGAAAAUGCUUCUAUUAUAGCAACUCCUGACUUAAAUGUUAGUAUUACUGCAAUUAGUACUACUGAUAAUUGUAAUUAUAAUUGUUGUGCUAAUAUCACAAUUUCCAUACAAUUGGUAUCAAACACAUCAGAACAACAGUAUGCAAAUCAACGUUAUAUAAUAUCAUAUAAUGAUUCCAUCACUGGUAAUGAAGAAUCAGUAGUAACAAAUAAAGGAGAGCAGAGCAAGAAUAUACAACUGCCUUAUAAGGAAAGUUAUUGCUUUACAAUCACACCAGUACACCAUUUUGAUUCUGGACUGGAAAAAAGUCAAUGCAUCAUGAUUUUGAAAUGUAACACAACAAAAAUGGAGGAAGCAAGUGAUGCUCCAUUACUUGCUUCCUCAACUCCUACUUCAACUCCUACUUCAACUCUUACUUCAACUCCUACUUUAGGAAUUGGCACAUGGAUUUCAGUUGGAAUUGGCCUUUCUUUGCUCAUUAUUAUUAUUAUUAUUAUUAUUAUUAUUAUUAUUAUUACAUGUAUUUUAGUCAUCUUACACAAAAUAAAACAGAACAGUGUAGGUGUAAUACGAGGUGAGAAUAAUGGAACACUGCAGUCAUCCACAUGAGAAGAA